AUGAACGCCCAAGGACAAAAGAUUGCCAUAAUUGGCUCAGGUUGUCGUUUCCCUGGGGGUGCGAACACGCCUUCAAAGUUGUGGGACCUCUUGCGGGAGCCGCGCCAUCUCGCGGAGUCAAUCCCGCCGGAUCGCUUCAGUCUUGCUGGCUUCUAUCAUCCAAAUGGGCAGUACCACGGCCACAGUAAUGUCAAGAAAGCAUGCUUUCUCGAAGGCAAAGGUGUCCACCGCCGCUUUGACGCUUCCUUCUUCGGCAUCAAUCGCGUUGAAGCCAACGUUAUGGACCCUCAGGCACGACUCUUGAUGGAGACGGUCUACGAGGCCUUAGAAGCUGCGGGUCAGUCUAUCGAUGACCUCCGCGGGUCCACAACUGCCGUUUUCGCUGGGCAGAUGGUGGCAGACUACGAGCAGGUGAUGUCACGUAUGUGGGAUGCCGGCGCAAAUGGCUACGGCCGUGGUGAGGGAAUUGCAGCUAUUGUUUUGAAAACCCUAGAUGCUGCCGAAGAAGAUGGUGAUCACAUUGAAUGUGUUAUCGCCGAGACGGCCGUCAAUCACGAUGGGAAGACACGUGGAAUUACAAUGCCAAAUGCCACAGCACAGACCCAGCUGAUUCGGGAUUGCUAUGCGCGGGCUGGUCUUGACUUGACAAAAUCUUCUCAUCGUCCGCAGUACUUUGAGGCCCACGGUACUGGAACGCCUGCUGGGGAUCCAGUUGAGGCAGAGGCAAUUGCCUCUGCUUUCUUCCCGCCAAACAAUACAUGCGGUGACGAUGGCCGCAAGCUCUUCGUGGGCAGUAUCAAGACUGUUGUUGGCCACACAGAAGGGACUGCGGGUCUCGCAGGUAUUCUUAAGGCUUCACUAGCCAUGCAGAAUUCCCUGAUCCCACCGAAUAUGCUAUUUGAAGAACUCAAUCCGAAUGUCCGGCCGUUCUAUACCAACUUGCGCCUUGUCACCGCACCAGAGCCCUGGCCUGAUGUCGCGGAAGGUAUACCACGUCGUUGCAGCGUGAACAGGUCGUAUAUGUCCACUUUCAGCAAAUUCCUACAACAAAACGAAGCAUCUAUCAAUAUCCAGGACCUCUCCUAUACCCUCUCCUCGAGGAGGACCCGACUGUCGGUCGCAACGGCGGUUGCUGCCCUUACAGCCGAUGAUCUCCGCGGCAAGGUUGAGGUGCUCCUUCACGAAGACCAAGCAAAUCCCAACUUGAGCCUCAAAGCUGCCAACAAGGCAGAAGCUGCAAAAGUGCUUGGCAUCUUCACUGGUCAAGGAGCUCAGUGGGCCAAAAUGGGACUGGAGCUCAUACAAGAGUCGCCUGUUGCCAGAAAGAUCAUUAAUAAUCUCGACGGUCGAUUGUCUCAACUUCCCACUCCUCCAUCGUGGUCACUACUGGAAGAGAUCGAGCGAGAUGGCCCGUCUUCGCGUAUCAAUGAGGCCGUCAUAUCCCAGACAGUGUGCACAGCAGUACAGAUUCUUCAGGUCAAGCUUUUGUCUGCCGCAGGUGUUCAUCUCUCCGCUGUUGUAGGCCAUUCGUCAGGCGAAAUUGCGGCUGCUUACGCGGCAGGCCUCAUUUCUUCCAGAGAUGCCAUCUGCAUCGCCUAUUAUCGAGGUCUCUACUCCCAACUCGCACGUGGCUCUGACGGGCAAUCUGGUUCCAUGAUGGCUGUCGGCACCACGGCCGAGGACGCCCAAGAGCUCUGCGAUGUGCCCGAGUACACUGGUCGUGUUCAUGUCGCUGCGAUGAACGCACCAGAAAGCGUUACAUUGUCCGGGGAUCGUGAUGCAAUUGAAGAUCUGAAGGUGGUGUUUGAUGAUGAGGGCAAGUUCACGAGAAUUCUGCGUGUGGAUGUCGCCUAUCAUUCUCAUCACCUCAAGGAGUCCUCGAACUACUACCUCGAUUCCCUUCUGGAGUUGGACAUCCAGGUCAGAUCCAAUAUCCGAUCACCAUGGUUCUCGAGUGUGCACGCCACUGUGAUCGAGGUUGAGAAUGUCGAGAUUGGUAAGGCCUUGAGCUUCGACCACGACGAGACCAGGGUGGAAACUAUCCUCUCUGUGACGGACAUCCAACGACAUGGGACGUCCAAAAUAGAGGCGAGAUUCAAUUACAGUGCAGAAUCGAAGCUGAGUGCGAAUCAGUUUGAUCUCCUGGCUAGUGGUAGAGUUCGGGUCACUCUCGGCAGCAGUACAGUCGAUGCACUUUCAGCUGGGCCCCCUCGUUCAUCAAGCCUCAUUGACGUGGACGCGGACGAGUUCUACGGGUCGAUGAAGGAACUCGAGUAUGAGUAUUCUGGGUCAUUUGCCUCUCUUCAUGGGCUACGGAGAAGGCUCGGCGCAGUGACCGGAUCUGUGCGCAACCUUGAGCCGUCCGGGCUGUUGAUUCAUCCUGGCAUCCUUGACGCGGCAUUCCAGUCUGCCUUCCUGGUGUACUGUGCUCCUGGUGAUGGUGAACUGGACAGGAUGCAAAUUCCCAGGAGAAUCCGCAAAAUAAGCGUCAAUCCGGACUUGUGCGCGCGGGAGGUCGCCAAAGGCACUCCUGUCCCUUUCAGCUCCCUGCGGUCUCCGGAUGCUGACUUUGGCGCCAUGUUAAGUGACAUCCAUCUCUAUUCAACAGACCUGGAAAAUUCAAUUAUCCAAGUUCAAGGACUCGAGUGUGUUCCUCUGUCAUCAGCAACCGCUCAAGACGACAAGGAAGUGUUUUCUACUCUGCAUUGGGACGUUGCGUCCCCGAACGCCGAGGCUGUAUCGCCAAGUCUCUCGAUAACCGCGAAGCAACGUGACGUGGCGAGUCUUCUCGAACGCAUGGCUGUCUUCUAUAUGCGGGUUCUGGAAAGGAAUCCUUCGGCUGACCAUCCUGCCCGACUCGGCGGGCCUUAUGCAUCUUGGUUCCGGUUUGCUUCCCAUUGUACCACCCUGGCACAAGGAGGUCAACUGCCUCUGUGGAACUCUGAUUGGGAGAACGAUACAAAUUAUCAACUGGAAGCAGCAGCUCAGCCCCAUUCAGACGUUAUAGACGUGAUGAUACUCCGCGCUGUCGGUGAAAACAUCGUGCGAAUAGCCACUGGCGAAGCCUCAGCCAUUGACAUCUGCAUGAGGAACGAUAUGCUUUCGCAGUUCUACAUGGACGGCAUUGGGCUGGCGCCAUAUACGAAAUCUCUGGCUCGUAUAAUCAAGCAAAUCGUUCAUCGAUAUCCUCACAUGGACAUCUUAGAAGUUGGCGCCGGCACCGGAGCAUGCACUCAAGCUGUCCUCUCGGAAAUUGGCUCAGCGUUUUCGUCAUACACCUUUACCGAUAUUUCCACUUCAUUCUUUGAUUCGGCACGGUCAUGGGAGAUUGAUCACUCAAACCGGAUGAUAUUCAAAGCUCUCGAUAUCUGCCAAGCACCAUCCAAGCAAGGCUUCCAGGACCACGCGUACGAUGUGGUGGUCGCCUCGCUCGUUCUCCACGCCACGCCCAAUCUUGAAGAGACUUUGCGCAACGCUCGUCGACUCCUAAAACCCGGUGGAUAUCUGGUCGCCUUUGAACUUCUUCCAGCCAGAGUUAGUUACUUGGGUGUCAUAUUUGGCGCUUUCCCCGGUUGGUGGCUAGGCGCCGAUGAGGGCCGUGUCCUGACACCUGCCGUCGGCCUUGGAGUAUGGGACCGUCUCCUUCGCAAGUCAGGUUUUUCAGGUUGUGAUACGAAUACGACUGUGCUGGACGAGUACGUCACACCUGGUGCCAUAUUCGUUUCGCAGGCUUUGGACGACAGGAUCACGUUUAUUCCCCUUCAACUAUAG